AGUCUGCUCCUCCAACCAUCUGGCAACUCUGUCCGCAAACAGCUGAUUUCAGAAAAAUGAAAAACAGACUGGUGUUUUUCGCGAUUUUUGUGUCCUUUAUGGCCACAAAUCCCGCCACCCUGGCCAUCCAGGCACGCAGCGAUAAGGAGCAGCCCCAGACCGUCGUCUCCGGCACCGCGGUGCAGUCGGUGGUGCCCGUCCAGGCGCAACUGGCCUCGGCAUCCGCCUCGUCAUCCGGCGGAUCAGCCUCGAGCUCCGUUUUCUAUCCACUGGGGCCGAAUGUGAUGUGCUCCUUCCUGCCGCGCGACUUCCUGGAGUGCAAGGAACCCAUCGAUCACCGGGAGAACGCCACUGCGAAAAUAGAGAAGAAAUACGGCUGCCUGAAGUUCGGCGGCUCCACCUACCACGAUGUGGAGCACACCAAAGUGCAGUGCACGGUCUUUCCGGAUAUCGAUUGCUUCGGGAAUCGCACCUUUUUCCGCGAGGGAGUGCCCUGCAUCCGCUACACGGAUCACUACUUCGUGACGACCCUCAUCUACAGCAUGCUGCUGGGCUUCCUCGGCAUGGAUCGCUUCUGUCUCGGCCAAACUGGCACUGCGGUGGGCAAGCUGCUGACCAUGGGCGGCGUGGGCGUGUGGUGGAUCAUCGACGUCAUCCUGCUAAUCACCAACAAUCUCCUGCCAGAGGACGGCAGCAACUGGAAUCCCUAUGUCUAGACGUGUGAUAUUUGUACAUAUGCGUAUCUUAGUUUAAGAAUCUUCCACUAUAAAUAAUAUCAAUCAUGAAAUACAUUCAUUACUGACACUAAUUUAAAACCUGAUACUGUAAGUAUUGUUAAGAACUCAAUAAAGAAUCUUCUUAACAUAA